CUCUCUCUAGCGCCACCAUCUAGGUUGGCCCAGGGUUUUGUCCGGCGGCGGGCUUCUUGGCUUGACAUCACGUUUUUAUUAGUUAGUUUUCGGCAAGGACAAAGGGUUGGAGCAAGAUUUCGGCUUCGGCGGUUCAAAUACAUUCGGUAUCGGCGUUGACGAAGGGUGCAGCGGCGGCUUCGGUGGAUCCUCUGCGGCGGCUUUGAGCAGUGCGUGGAAUGAAUGGAAGAGUUAAUGCACCAGUACAAGAGGACGGUAUUAGGGGAAGAAAACACCAACUUGAAUUUUGAUGAUAAGAAGGAUGGAGAGUUGUUUUCAACCGAGAAGGGAGCUGAAUUUCUGGUGAUGGGAGUUGUCUUCAAGAAUUGGAAAGAAGUUACAGUACUGCCGGAUCGUCCCCCUCCUGAACCGCCGCCGUGGAGUGCAGGAGAGGCUAGGAUUUGGAUUUUCUGGCAACGGAAGUAUUUCUUAUUUUGUUUUGUUUGUUUUUUCAGUAAUUGGUAUUUCUGUUUUGGUGUUUGUUUUUUCUGUUAUGUUCCAGUUUGUAAGACGUUGAUUUUGGAUAUGGGGGAUGAGAGAAAUUUGGUAACCGAGUUAGGCUUUUUGUUUCCCGGUUAUGGAUCAGCAAAUUAUAUUGCUACAGCGAUUAAUUCCGAGUCUGGUUCGAGGGAUAGCGGUUAUCAGUUUUCUUUUUGUCAGUUGACCCAUACUCUGAACUUCU